AUGGGAGGUUCGGUGUACAUCCCAGGCAGAGAGAAUUUUUCGAAAUGGAGGGAUCAACUUGGACUUUCUGAAAUUAAUUUUCAAGGACAAAACUUCACCUGGUGCAAUAAUCGCUCGGAGCCAGAACGUGUUUAUGAAAGAUUGGAUAGGGCUUAUGCUACAGAAGAUUGGCUGCAUAGAUACUCAGAAGCAAGGAUAUUGAAUAUGCCGAUUCUUAUCUCGGAUCACAGCCCAAUUCUUCUCAUUUCCUCGCCAGUUUAUUCAAAAAAGAAGUCACCAAUUAAGAUGGAAUCCUGGUGUUUCGAUUUCAAGGAAGUGGAGACUCUAAUUUCCAAUCACUGGAAAGUUUCAUAUAGUGGAUCCCCGAUGUACAAGGUAGCUCAGAAAUGUCGAAGCGUUAGGUACAAGCUCUUUCAAUGGUGCAAAAAUUACAAAUUCGAGAACAAUAUUAAUUGGGAAGAAUUUCUGUCUAAGUGUGGCGAGACUCAAGCUACUUGUCUAUGA